CUCCUUCCUCGCCGCCGCGCCGGGCACCUCGCGGCGCGUGGCCCUCACACUCCCGCCCGAGAUGAAUGCUGCGGCAGACGUCGAGUUCAACAUCCUCCUGGCCACCGACUCCUACAAGGUUACUCACUAUAAACAGUACCCACCCAAUACAAGCAAAGUUUAUUCCUACUUUGAAUGCCGUGAAAAGAAGACAGAAAACUCCAAAAUAAAGAAGGUGAAAUACGAGGAAACAGUAUUUUAUGGGUUGCAGUACAUUCUUAAUAAGUACUUAAAAGGUAAAGUAGUGACCAAAGAGAAGAUCCAAGAAGCCAAAGAAGUGUAUAGAGAGCAUUUCCAGGAUGAUGUCUUUAAUGAAAAGGGAUGGAACUACAUUCUUGAGAAAUACGAUGGGCACCUUCCAAUAGAAAUAAAAGCUGUUCAAAGCAACACUUUGCCUUGUUCCAAUUCUUACUGUAAACAAAACGUCCUUUUCAUGGUCUAG